AUGCAAUAUGUGACAAAUAAUGAAAAUACAACAAGUAAUGAACAUACAGUAAAUAAUGAACAUACAGUAAAUAAUGAACAUACAGGAAAUAAUGAACAUACAGUAAAUAAUGAAUAUAUAGCAAAUAAUGAAUAUACAGCAAAUAACGAAUACACAGCAAUUAAUGAAUACACAGCAAAUCAUGAUUUUAUUGAUUUGGUUAGUGAAACUGGAUCAUCAUCUGCACAAUCUGAGUCAUCAAAUAAUAGUGGACGGCCCUUAACAGAUAUAUGGGAAGAGUAUGAUAAAAUAAAUAAUGAAGCGGGAAAACACAAAGGAGCAACUUACGAUAUGAAAUCGCAUCUUGCAUUAAAGUGCAAUGGAAAAGUACCUAGAGAAAUCCGAUUUAAGAUACUUCGGGAGCUUCAAAGUGAGCCUACAUCGUCCGAAUUAGCUACUUCUAAAAAAAGAAAAUCGGUAUAUUCUCAGUUGCCCAUAGAUGCCUAUUAUAAUGCAAAAGAAGCUAUAGACAAAGCUAAAGAAACAAGAGCGAAUCAAUCGCUGAUUAAAUGGAUUGUGAGCUCUGGUAUUUCAUUUUCUGCCUUUGACAAUCCUUACUUUGAAGAUUACACAAAGGAAUUAAAUCCCGGUUAUAGUCCCCCUAAGCGCAAUUUUCUUGAAGUUGGAAUAUAUAAAAAUUAUGUUCUUAGAAAGGCAAUAGAAAUAUGGAAGCAAAUAGGUAGAGGCGAUAUAAGUGCUGGAAUUUUGAAAUCUCAAAUGAAUUUGUACAAAAAUCGCAAGGUUCCCUUUGAAGAAGAAUUUAUUCUAUCUACUGAUAUGGUUACGGAUUGGUGGCUGACUGUAGAACUUAAAAGAAAUAAAGAUCAUUUAAAAACCCUCACCCUAAAAGUACAUUCAAUUUUACCCCACAAUGCUGCCUGUGAGCGAGUCUUCAGCAUAUUAAGCAGGUAUCUAGGAAAGAGACGGACUAAAUUAACCAUUGAACGUCUAGAGAUUAUGGCCCAGAUGCAUUCAUUUUUAGUCGAGAAUGCCAAAUCAGAACUCAAUUACGUGGAUCAAAAGCUUCGCCAAGAAGACCUGUUGUCUAUUUUCGAUAGAAUUGCGAGUUCUAUAGAGGAUGGGACCGAUUUAUUCAGUGAAGAAGAAACAUUUUCUUUUUUGAAUGAGCUUGCAGAGGAAAUUACGGAAGAAGAUGAGGACGAAUUAGAAGAUAUAGUCAACGAAAAUUCAACAAACUUAGAAGUCAGAAAUUUAAUCUCUUUGUCUUCCAAGUUAAAACUUAAUAAAUCUUCAAGUUUAAACAAAGAGGUUAUACAUGGAAAUAAGGAUUUUGAUAUCGAUGAUCUUAUUAGUGAUUAG